UGUGUUUUUGAUGUCUUCAGAAUAUUAUUUGAAGGUCCAUGUUGUAUGGGACUCCUAGCAAAAAUAAAAAUCGGAACAUAAGUCGAAUAUUAAAAAAAAUAAAGACGAACUAAAUUAAUUUAAUCAAAUAAACAAUUUUUUCUCAGUGUAGAAGAUUCGUUUACACUUCUGUUAUUCUCCCCUGUUUGCUUUGUGUCCUUAUAUUCGACUUACGCUUCAAUCUUUAUUUUUGCUAGGAAUAUCUUUGCGAAUACACGGGGAUUAGGACAAUUUACGAAGGAGGUGAAAUGUGAACCGUGAAGUGAAUCGUUUGUCUUUGUCGGGAUGUUUUGACUCGUGGGAGAUUUUGUAAAAAAAAAAAAAAUAUCGAUGGUUGCCGUUUAAUGCUGCACCUUGUUACGCUUUCGUCGCUCCCCCAACGCUUGCGAGGCUUCGCAGCCCCAUUUCGCAGCCGCCGCAUCGCGGCAAAGUGAAACUGGUGAACAGAGCCUGAGGAGGGAGGAUAAGAAAGUUAAAUUGUUUAUUACGCGCUGGAAUCGAGACGAACUUUCGUCCAAGCACAUCGAUUUCUUUAGAUAAUGAUUCCUGUGGCGACGAAUGCAAAUCAAACGAACACAACGGCGUCUAUUUUUACAUAUAUGUUUUAUAAAUACAGCAGCAAACAGAUUGGGACGAACUUGAAAUUAAAUUUAUCACGGAAUAAGAUUGCGAGGCAAGAAUACCGUUUUGUAAAAACUUCGCGUGAAAUUCAGUAUGAUUGUGUAGGCAAAGUUUCUUUGUGCUCGUUUUCUUUAUCGUAUAUAACCAUCCAUGUAAUUUAUAUCGCUGCUUACUAAUUAUUGGAUAACGUUUAUUUUAGCACGUUUAUCUUAGCAUCGUUUAUUAGUUCAAGGUAACAUUUUCUCGAAUAUUUCCAUAUGCGUUUCGUAUUCGCGAAAAACUCCAGGUUCUCUGAAAUAAUUUUCCAGCAUAAGUGAACUUUACUUCAUCACGCGCAUUUGUAUUAUCAGCUGAUUAUAUAUAUAUUAUCGAUAUCCAGAUCCGCAUCAAGUUGAUAAAACUGGAAAUUAUUUUUCUAACGAUUUUCUAACACCAACUGAAAAUGUCGGACGUUGAAGGCGAUGACGAGUUUCAAGAUGCUCAGGAAUCAUUACCACAACUCGCGUCUAUGGAUUUGGAUACAGCGAUAAUGGAAGCGAAAAAGGCGAUUCACUGUUUCUUUAACAACGACUUCGAUGAAGCGAAAAAAAUCAUGGAGCCAUGGGCGGACAGCAGCAUGUACCAUUCUCUGGGAACUAGUGUAUUCGCGUUCCUGGAGGCGAUUCUUACAUUCGAACAAAAACACAUCGAGAAGGCAUCAGAGAAGUUGAAACAGUGUAUGAGCGUGUGUUCCAAACACCGAAAGCACACCAGUAUUACGCAGAACAUUGGAAAAAUAGUCAAGAAGAUUAACUAUGACGCUUACACGAACGAGGAGGUGCAUGCGGAACUCUGUUAUGCCGAGUCGCUCCUUUUAAAAUCGAUGCUCACAUUUGUGGAAGAUGAAACUCUGGUCAGCUUUGUCAAGGCAGGACUGAAAAUUCGUACCUGUUUUCUAUCGUACAAAGAAUGCAUGACGAUCUUGAAAAACCGGAAAUGGGGAAACGACAUUCAUAAAGUGCAUUUCGAGAGUGGCGUUCGCAUGGGCAUCGGCGCGUUCAAUUUGAUGAUCUCAUUAUUACCAGCGCGUGUUAUUAAAUUGUUAGAGUUUAUCGGGUUCUCCGGCGAUAAGGAAUACGGUCUAACGGAAUUGAAAGCAGGCUAUGAUGAAAGAAGAGGAUUGCGACAAAUCCUAUGUGUGAUGACUCUGUUGUCCUACAAUUUGAUAGUCUGCAUCGUGCUGAGUCAUUCGGACGGCGAUCUAGAGUGGUGUGAGCAAGUAUUGGAACAGGAACUGAGCCUCUAUCCGAACGGUGUGUGGUUCCUAUUUUUCAAGGGAAGACUAGAAUUUACGCGAGGCAAUUUCGAGGAAUGCAUAGACUGGUACAUAAAGUCGUGGAAGAGUCAGAAUGUUUGGCCACAGUUCCAUCAUAUCUGUUAUUGGGAAUUAAUGUGGACGCACUGUUCGCUACAGCAGUGGAGCAAUGCGGCCACGUACGCCACGAUGUUGGUAAACGAGUCCAACUGGUCGCGUACUAUCUACUUGUAUCAAAAGGCUGCAAUCCUGCUUAUGCAGAAACCGACGAUUUGGAGUGAGGAGAAACAGCUGGUCGACAACCUAAUGAUGCUGGCACCGACCUACAAGCAGCGUAUUGCUGGCAAGUCGCUACCGAUGGAGAAGUUUAUAAUCAAAAAGACUCAGCGUUAUUUUGCACAAAAGAAGUACCUAGUCCUACCCGUGUUUGAGCUUAUGUACGUAUGGAAUCUGUUCAGGAUAGUAGGCAAACGGCAAGACCUGUUGUUAAAUAUAUUCAAGAGGAUAGAAGAAGAGGAAAGGGAACUCCAAACAGCCUCGAAAAGUAAUUAUGAUGCAGACAACAAAGCACUCCUAUUGCUGUUGAAAGGCGCUUGUCUACGACAAAUGCAGCAUCCUUUACUAGCGGAGGAAUGUCUGCGACAAGUUUUACAAUUGGAAAAGUCUGUCAAAGAGGACACGUACUUAUUUCCCUAUGCCACUGUGGAAUUAGCGUUAUUGGCGGGAGAUCAGGGUGAUAUUCAACUGGCUAUAGGCUUUUUGGAAGAUGCUAAAAAAAACUAUACGGGCUACUUAUUAGAAUCUAGAUUGCACUUUAGAAUACACUCGGAUUUAAUGGUAUUGACCGGCAAGAACAACAAUCAUACAAUGAAGAAGCACAGGAAUCAUCUGCUGGAAACGGCUAUUACUGCCAAUAAUAGCGUUAUUAUCGCCGGUCCAAGUGCCGAUGAAAUUAAGACAUAAAAACAUUGUAAAGCAUAUCGGUAAUCUACUUAUCUUUAUGUAAAUUCUUUUGUAUCUUCCUAAACAACAUUGUACGUAUAACGAGGACUCUUUUUGUGAACUGGGCGUUUUAUAACUCUUCUCUAAUAUCGAAUGGCCUUGCGUGUAACUUUCGUCUGGCUUUGCUCUCUGUAGAGUUCAAGGAAUUUAUCACAUCUCUUUCAAAGAUUGGGCACAUUUUCUAGCACUUAAUAUUAAUGCAUAAAUUAUUUUCUUUUACGAGAAGGACAACGAUUUAGUAACAGAUAAAAAUAAUAUUUUAUAGCGACUAUAAUGUUAAUGCAUAAAUAAUAUCUUGUGCGGGAGAAAUAAAAAUAUAAUAUAAAGGCUCUUGCGGGACUUUACAAGGAUCGGAUGUAUAUUUUGUAGCGAUUAAUUACUGAAUAUAUAUAUAAUAUUAUGGGAUUAUUAUCUAUACAAAUUAUUUCCUUUACGGAAGAUCGGCGAAGUUCCAAUGUGAUCUGUGAUUGCUCUAUUGUAAUCGGCAAAAGAUUAUUAUAAAUAAUCACCUUACAAGAUUGUAAAUACACAAACG